GAGCGUCCCUGAACGCAUCAAGCCUACAGCUUCUUGGUGAAUCGCAAACAAACGAACCGACUCCAGCAUGAAUCGAGUUGUUUGAGUUUCCAGGAGCUUCCGCUUCUCUCAGCUCGUCCUCAGGCGACUUCCAGGAGUUCACACCCACAGCGUUGAGCCAUGGCCAACAUUCAGAUCCGCAAAUACCGAGAGGAUGAUUCCGAGGCAGUGAAGGAGAUCUUCACCAUGGGGAUGAGCGAGCACAUCCCUUCGUCCUUCAUGCACGUCCUGAAGCAGCCGCUCAUGCAGAUGGUGCUGAUGAUCGUCUUCUGCGCUCUCAUGACCAGCUCCAAGUCCUUCCUGCUGCCCAUCCUGGCUCUCACCCUGUGCCUAGCCGGGGCGCGGCAGUUUGUGGUCUACAUGUUCAACCAGUACAUCGACUCCUCCCUCAAGAAGGACCUCAACAGCAUCAGUGAGACCUACCUGAGCCAGAAGGACUCUGGUUUCUGGGUGGCUGAGAGCGAUGGCCAGGUGGUCGCCACAGUGGCGUGCCUCCCCGCCCCGGAGGCGCCCGGGUGCCUGGAGCUGAAACGCAUGUCCGUGUGCCGCAGUCACCGCAGGAUGGGCAUCGCUAAGACUCUGUGUCAGACAAUUACUGAUUUCACUCGUGAGAGGGGCUACGCAGCCGUCAUCCUCCGAACCUCUGUGGUACAGACGGACGCUCAGAAGCUCUACGAGAACCUGGGCUUCCAGAAGAUAAGAGAGUUUGCUAUUCCUGAAUUUCCUGCCAAAAUCCUGAACUUCAAUUUGCUUGAGUACAGACUGGAUUUACAGAAAGACGGGAAAACUGACUGACUCGAGCAGAGAGACGAUUUCAGGUCCACUCUAACAUUCAUUAACCCAGUUUCAUCAGUGCUGAGGUUUCUCUAGCACGCGUUGCACAACUGAAUCAACAAAUCAUUAUUGUUUUCAAAAGCUUUUAAAAAAUUGUCAGUCACUUGUAAUACAGUGGAAUCUGCUUAUAGUGAUCACCUUGGUCCCAGGUCUUUCUCUGUUAAUUAUUACUAAUACUAAUAACUAAUACUUUACUUAAAUGAGUGAAAUCUUUCUUCGUAGCUACAAGUGCAUUAAUUCAGCUCGUCUCUCAAGCUGACACACACACACACACACAGACACACACAUCACUAUAUCCGGCUUCCACUGUAUUAGUUGAGGAAAGUUUGGUUUGCCCGUGAUCACGUUCUCAAUGCCUGCUUUUGAUUGAGCUUCUUUUAAAGUCUGUUAAUUAAUUCAUUUUGUAAAUGAUUUCAUUCAUUUCUACAGGAAACUCAAUUCAAUAGAUCGCAAGUUGCUCCUUUAAUUUUGUAACUUUCCUUAUGUUAUUCAGAGUAAAAUGAAAGAUGCACUGAUCUGAUUGAUCAUCCCUGAUCUUAUUACAGGGGAAACAUAUUUACAUGUUUAAAACACACAUGUAUAAAUUAUUUUUGUGUCUCCAGAUGAAGCUGUGUGAAGUAAAUGUUCUCAUGUGAAGAUUGUCAGAAGUCUGGGGGCAGUGACGUUUGAACAAACCUCUGCUUGCUCUAUCUCUGCCUCAGGCCUUUAAGAUAUCAGACCCACCAAUCAUCAGUCCAGACUCUAUAGACAGAUGUAAAACAGAAAUAGUAAAUAAUAUUGGAUAUUAUUAGAAUAGUCAGCUUACUAAUCAACUUACUGAUUGAUUAAUUGACAAGCUGUUGCAGCUCCUGUUGUGAACCUGUUGACACUUAUGAACUCUGAGAUUAAAGAGCUGUACGUUUGAUUCCAUGAUUAACAAUGUGUAUGCAUUUCCCAUUUACACGCCUGACACACAAUAAAACAUGUACUUCUUCUUUUCA